AUGGUUUCUAGCUUCUGCACGGCCCGCUACCUGUACAGACACAUGAAAAGCAUGGCGCAAAGUAGCAGCAAAUUCACCUCUCCCAAGAUUCAAAGCUUUUACUUUAGCGUCUGGAUCUCCUUCACGGCGGUCUCGCUGUACAUAUCAGGCACCACAGUCAACCUGGGUUUCGGUCAGGCUAUAUUCCGGCAAAGGGCAGUCAAUGUCUGGAAGGCCAUUAAAGCACUGUUUGGUGUUGGCAUGGCAACUAAUGAUGUGAAACUGCACUCCAGCCAGCUGACAUCAGUCCUUUUUAACACCGUGGCUAAUGCUGCUUUCAUCUUUUGCUUGGUCCGUCCACUUCAUGGAGAAAAGAUCAAGCAACCUUUGAAGCUUCUCCUAAGCUCCUUGAGUUGCAAUGUGAAUGUCAUUGUUACUACCAUACUGGAGGUGCACCUCAUUCUCUGUCUGUGUGUUUUGGUGAUGUCCAACGGUGCGACUGUGGUCUACCUGUGCAGGCACAUGUGGCGUAUGGUAGCCAAUGGACAGCCCCUCUCCAGCUCACGCUUCAGCAGUCAGGUGAGGGUGACCAUCACUGGCAUCCUCCAGGGAGCCCUGUCCGUGUUCUGUGCUGUGUGGGUUGUGCUCAGUUUCUUUUCAGAUAAUGGUUCCUCCACGUCUAGCAAAUUUUGUGCAGAUUUGAGCUUCACCAACUUGUACGUGUCGGGCACCACGCUGUGCCUGGGAACCGGUCAGGCUGUGUUCAGGCAGAGAGCAGCACACAUCUGGACCAGAGCGGCUCAGUGGUGCAAAGCUCCUCAAGCACAUGGGUCGGAGCACGGAGCCUGA